GCGUGCUCCUGUUGACAGACAUUACGGUAGACUUUACGGCUGUUCCUGCUCUCCAUAAAUUGUUGCACAACGACUUCCUUCAUCCACAGCCACUCUACGUUACGCAGCUGACACAUUAAGGGGGAAAACAUCAGGAAAAACAUGUCUGCACUCAACAGAAAGAUCAUCAACACCACAUCAGCCCCAGCUGCCAUCGGUCCAUACAGCCAGUCCGUGGUUGUGGACAGAACGAUGUACAUCUCGGGUCAGCUGGGAAUGGACGUGGCCUCUGGUCAGCUGGUAGACGGAGGGGUGCAGGCCCAGGCCAAACAGGCUCUCGUCAAUAUGGGGGAGAUCCUUAAAGCUGCUGGCUGCAACUACACCAACGUGGUGAAGACGACUGUGCUGCUCGCUGAUAUCAACGACUUUAACAGCGUCAAUGAGGUCUACAAGACAUUUUUCUCCAGUAACUUCCCUGCCAGAGCUGCCUACCAAGUCGCUGCUCUCCCCAGAGGCGGGCUGGUGGAGAUUGAGGCAAUUGCUGUUGUCGGUCCUCUCGUUGACUCCUGACUGGACGGCCACAUCACAAACAAGCUGUAGUCUAACCUUCAAGUGACCUUUUAUAGUUUUACAGUUUGAAGCCUUAAUGUAUUUCCAGAUGACACGUUAAAGACCAAACUAGGAAUUUGUUGGCUUUCUUUUUUCCAUAAUUUUCAGGUUUUAGCAUAAAUGUGGUCACUGUAGCUGGUUGACUGAACAUCUGAACUACUUUCAGUAUUAUUAAACCCCUUUUAAAUUAAAAUCUUUAACAAUAUUGCAGAACUUAAUUCACCAGCAUAAAAACAAAAUGAUAAAGUGGGAUGGUAUCUGUACAACAUUCCCUGGUCACAGUGGCCAGAUUCAGGGUUAAAUCAGCUUCUUCUUGGUGCUCUUUCUGGUUCGGUAUCUUCUGUUUUGUUUCAGAGAAAUACUAUAACACAUUUUAAAAGUGCAGCUCUCACUAAUAAAAAUAUAUAUAGUGCAA